AUGUCCCGGCUGCGGCUGUGGCUGCGCUUCGCCGCGCUCGGCCAGGACACCUCGUGCCUCGAUGCCCUCUCCAACGCUUCCCUGCUGUCCUCGUCAGUGGACUCGCUGUCAGACAUUGCAGACACGCACGACUUCCUGCCGGCCGACAGCCUCAGCCAGGUGCCCACCAUCUGGGACGUGAACACUGCCUCGAGCGCCCAGGACAAGCUCUUUCUGCCCGGCGGGCCAUUCCCAGGCCUCGAAGACCCCGAGUCCUCCCUCCCCAGCACCCCACUCCUCAUCAGCUACCAGGUCAGUUCCCAGAGCCAGCCUGAGGAGGAGGACGAGGCGGAGGAGGAGGAGGACGAGGAGCUGGGCCAUGCAGAGACCUACGCGGACUACGUGCCGGCCAAGUCCAAGAUCGGGAAGCACCACCCGGACCGUGUGGUGGAGACCAGCACCCUGUCCAGCGUGCCACCACCUGAUGUCACCUACCUGCUGUCUCUGCCCACCUCAACCUUGGACUCUGGGGCUCUCUCCGCCCUGCAGUUGGAGGCCAUCACUUACGCCUGCCAGCAACAUGAGGUCCUGCUCCCCAGCGGGCAGCGAGCCGGCUUCCUCAUCGGUGACGGGGCUGGCGUGGGCAAGGGCCGCACGGUGGCUGGCAUCAUCGUGGAGAACUACUUGAAGGGCAGGAAGAAGUCCCUGUGGUUCAGCGUCUCCAAUGACCUCAAGUACGACGCGGAGCGCGACCUGCGGGACAUCGAGGCCCCUGGCAUUGCUGUGCACGCACUGAGCAAGAUUAAGUACGGUGACAACUCUACCUCAGAGGGCGUUCUCUUCGCCACGUACUCGGCCCUCAUCGGGGAGAGCCAGGCGGGCGGCCAGCACCGCACCCGCCUCCGCCAGAUCCUCGAGUGGUGCGGGGCCUCCUUCGAAGGUGUCAUCGUACUUGACGAGUGCCACAAAGCCAAGAACGCCAGCUCCACCAAGAUGGGCAAGGCCGUGCUGGAUCUUCAGAACAAGCUGCCCCUGGCCAGGGUUGUCUACGCCAGCGCCACAGGUGCCUCUGAGCCUCGGAACAUGAUCUACAUGAGCCGCCUGGGCAUCUGGGGCGAAGGCACGCCCUUCCGCACCUUCGAGGAGUUCCUGCACGCCAUCGAGAAGAGGGGCGUGGGGGCUAUGGAGAUUGUGGCCAUGGACAUGAAGGUCAGUGGCAUGUACAUCGCUCGCCAGCUCAGCUUCUCUGGUGUCACCUUCCGCAUUGAGGAGAUUCCGCUGGCCCCGGACUUCGAGCGCGUGUACAACCGUGCCGCCCUGCUGUGGGCCGAGGCCCUGGGCGUGUUCCAGCAGGCAGCCGACUGGAUCGGCCUGGAGUCCCGCAAGUCUCUCUGGGGCCAGUUCUGGUCUGCCCACCAGCGCUUCUUCAAGUACCUAUGCAUCGCGGCCAAGGUGCACCGCCUGGUGGAGCUGGCCCGUGAGGAGCUGGCCCGCAACAAGUGUGUGGUCAUUGGACUGCAGUCCACGGGCGAGGCGCGCACCCGAGAGGUUCUGGACGAGAAUGAUGGGCACCUGGAUUGCUUCGUCUCUGCAGCCGAAGGUGUGUUUCUCUCGCUCAUUCAGAAGCACUUUCCUUCAACCAAAAGGAAGCGGGACAGAGUCACAGGCACUAAGAGGAAACGGCGACCACGGUGCCGGGGCACCAAGGGCCCCCGGCUGGUGUGUGAGGCGGCGGGCGUCAUCCGGAUCAGUGACGACAGCAGCACUGAGUCGGAUCCCGGCCUGGACAGUGACUUUAACUCGUCCCCCGAGUCCCUGGUGGACGAUGACGUGGUCAUUGUGGAUGCCAUUGGCCUGCCUGUCGAUGACCGCGGCCCCCUGUGCCCCCUGCAGCGGGACCCGCACGGCCCAGGCAUCCUAGAACGUGUGGAGAGGCUGAAGCAGGAUCUGCUGACCAAGGUCCGAGACCUGGGCCAGGAGUUGCCGGUCAACACCCUGGAUGAGCUCAUCAACCAGCUUGGGGGGCCAGAGCGGGUGGCAGAGAUGACCGGAAGGAAAGGCCGUGUGGUGUCCAGGCCUGACGGGACUGUGGCAUUUGAGUCACGUGCAGAGCAGGGCCUGUCCAUUGACCACGUGAACCUCAGGGAAAAGGAACGUUUCAUGAGCGGAGAGAAGCUCGUGGCCAUCAUCUCAGAGGCCUCUAGUUCAGGCGUUUCUCUGCAAGCGGACCGAAGGGUUCAGAAUCAGAAGCGCCGCGUACAUAUGACACUGGAGCUGCCCUGGAGCGCCGACAGGGCUAUCCAGCAGUUUGGCCGGACCCACCGGUCCAACCAGGUCUCAGCGCCUGAGUAUGUCUUCCUGAUCUCGGAGCUGGCUGGGGAGCGGAGGUUUGCCUCCAUCGUUGCCAAGCGCCUGGAGAGCCUUGGAGCUCUGACCCACGGAGACCGAAGGGCCACUGAGUCUCGGGACCUGAGCAAGUACAACUUUGAGAACAAGUACGGCACCCGUGCCCUGCACUGUGUCCUCACCACCAUCCUGAGCCAGACGGAAAACAAGGUGCCAUUGCCCCGGGGCUACCCCGGCGGGGACACGGCCUUCUUCCGGGAUAUGAAGCAGGGCUUGCUGUCCGUCGGCAUCAGCGGCCGGGAGUCCAGGUCUGGCUGCCUGGACGUGGAGAAGGACUGCUCCAUCACCAAGUUCCUCAACCGCAUCCUGGGCUUGGAGGUGCGCAAGCAAAACGCCCUCUUCCAGUACUUCUCAGACACUUUCGAGCACCUCAUCGCUGCUGACAAGAAGGAGGGCAAAUACGACAUGGGCAUCCUGGACCUGGCCCCGGGUGUCGAUGAAAUCUAUGAGGAGAGCCGGCAGGUGUUCCUGACUCCUGGGCACCCCCAAGAUGGACAAGUGGUCCUCUACAAGAUCAGUGUGGACCGCGGCCUCCGGUGGGAAGAAGCGUUCGCCAAGUCACUAGAACUGACAGGUGCCAAUGAUGGCUUCUACCUCUCCUACAGGCCGAGGAACCGGCACUGCCGCCUGGUGCAGGAGGGCAAGGAGUGUGUGCAGGGCCUGCGUCUGCGCCACCACUACAUGCUGUGCGGGGCACUGCUGCGUGUGUGGGGCCGCAUCGCUGCCGUCAUAGCCGAGAUCACCAGCAGCAGCUAUCUGCAGAUCGUGCGCCUCAAGACGAAGGAUCAGAAGAAGCAAGUGGGCAUCAAGAUCCCGGAGAGCUGUGUGUACCGCGUGCUGCAGGAGCUGCAGGCAAUGGACAAGGACGUGAAACGCAGGCGCAAGCGUGCCCUGGGCCUCUCCACACCGCCGCCUACCCCGUGCCCACUGAUGCGGCCCUGUGGGCCCAGCGAGGUGCUGGACCUGACCUACAGCCCACCCGCAGUGCCCUUCCCACCGGCCCCGCACUUCACCUUCCCACCACUGCCCACUGAGCUCCCUGGCCCCACUGGCGCUGGCCAGUUGCUGGGUGCACCAGAGCCCAGGACCGACCCUUGUGACCUGCAGCAGCAAGGCUGUGACAUCAACUUCAAGGAGGUGCUGGAGGACAUGCUGCGCUCACUGCAGACCGUGCCAGCUGCAGAGCCCCCCAGCCCCGCUGCUGCGGGGGCCAGUGGGUCCACCGAGCGGCAGAGUGUCAUCCAGUUCGGGCCGCCCUUCCCCAACUCAUAG